AACGUGGUAAUCAUUAAUCUGAUAUCAGACAGAGUAUAAAGCUCUGGAUCUUCACUCAGGAACUCUUCAUCCCGUCACAGAGCGAGGUAUGAGAAUAACACAAAUUGUUUUCGUGUUUGCCCUCGCUGCUGCUUGUAUUCCUGCCCUCUGUGGCAAAGAGGAACCUCCGGUCCUCCACCUCGAGGCUCCUGCUGAAAGUCAGUCCCGCUUUGCUGCUUUGGAUGAUGUGUAUCUCCUGGCAAAUAGCCUCCUCCGAAUGGGUCAGAGCCUGCGGCAAUUUGUGCAGAAAACAAAGGGACAGAUAAAUGAUAUCUUCCAAAAACUCAACAUCUUCAAUCGCUCUUUCGGCCAGCUGUCAGUGCUGGCCAGCGAAAUCAAGGGGACAGAAGAAGAACUGAAGAGUACCGCUACUGUGUUAAUGGCCAACAAUGAAGACAUCAGGGGCUUGUCUGAAGAGAUCAGCUCCAAGAUGAACAGCAUCCUGCAAGAGAAAAGUCAACUGCAGAAUAAAUUGGAGGGCCUCGAGGAGAAACUGAGCAGUCUGUCGCUUGGCCUUGUGCCGAGUGAACGAGCAGCAGAGAUCAAUAGCCUUAGGGAGGUGAUCCAGAGCCAGGAGCAAAGCAUUACACAGCUGCUGAAGGCCGUGAGGGAACUAAGUGACCAGCUCAUCCACCAGAGGACAAAGAUCAAUAUUCUAGAGGAAAAGCUGACAGCCAACAUGUUAGCUAGCCCAGGAGACCAUUGAGAGGAUGCCAGAAACCUUCAGCGCUGAGGCUCCAACACUCACCUCUUACCUGACCUCAGGUUCUACCAGCAGCACCAAAACAAUCAAUAAUAUGGAUAAUGAAACAUAAAGUGAUGUUGUAAGUGACUUAUUGGUUUGAUAUCUGUAAUGUGUUAUUAAAAACCUGAAAUAUUCAA